AUUGCUAGCGGUGCUACUAUUCAGCAUCGUAAUGGAUGCAGUGCAGUUUUAAGUCGAAAAACAACUACACUAGGAAAAGCAAUACCAAAUGAAUAUAGUAAUAGUAUUUAUAUCUUCAAUACAGAAACUUAUUCUUGGAUUUCAUCAUUUGAUAUGUCUAAUACAACAAGUCAAGGUACUCCAACUAAUCAUGAUGAAACUCCAACAAAUCAAGAUAAUUUUUCAACUG